GGCUGCUUGCCUGCUGCUUGUGCUUACGCUGGCUUCUGCAGAAGGUGUGACGUUUCGCUUUGCAUCCUAUUAUGGUGACCACAUGGUAUUACAGAAGAAACCAGCCGGCGCAGUGGUAUGGGGCUACGGGGAAGCUGGCGCUAAUGUUACCGUGUCUCUUUCCAAAGAAAGCAAAGUAAUAAUGAAGAAAAUGGCACAAGUUGAAGAGCACUCUGGGACCUGGAAAGUUGUACUGGCUCCUACGGACCAUGGUGGCCCUUAUAGUGUGAUGGCAGAGCAGCAUUCCAGGGAAGAGCCAAAGAAUCUGACGCUGCGGGAUAUCUACUUUGGAGACGUCUGGCUCUGCAGUGGGCAAAGUAACAUGGAGAUGACAGUUUCCCAGAUAAUCAAUGCCAGUAGGGAGCUCUCCGAGGCACCUCUCUAUCCAUAUGUCCGUGUGUUCACGGCCUCUCUUAUUCAGUCUGAAGUGGAAUUGCAGGACCUGGCGAAGAUUGACUUGGAGUGGUCUAUACCGACAGCUGAAAACUUGGGUCACGGGAACUUCAGCUACUUCUCAGCUGUGUGUUGGCUGUUUGGCCGUCACUUGUAUGAGACGCUCCGGUACCCCAUAGGAUUAGUGGAGUCCUCCUGGGGAGGGAGCUGCAUUGAAUCCUGGUCCUCAGGAAGGGUGCUGCAGGAGUGCGGGCUCACAGGCGAAGCCAGUCGGUUUCUUCUUCCCACGCUGCUUUCUGGCCCUAAGAUGCCCUCUGUGCUCUGGAAUGCGAUGAUCCACCCGCUCCUCAACAUGUCCCUCACGGGCGUCAUCUGGUACCAGGGUGAAGCGAACGCCUUAGUGAACACAGAUCUGUACAACUGCACGUUCCCAGCUCUCAUCGCGGACUGGCGCAAGACCUUCCAUGCUGGGUCUGAGGGGCAAACGCAGCCGCUCUUCCCCUUUGGGUUUGUCCAGUUAUCCACGUUCCGCCGGCAGGACCAGGAUGACAGUUUCCCCCGCAUUCGGUGGCACCAGACAGCUGACUACGGCUAUGCACCCAACAAGAGAAUGCCCAACACCUUCAUGGCCGUGGCGGUGGAUCUGUGCGACGAGCACUCGCCCUACGGCAGCAUUCACCCCCGGGAUAAACAGAACGUGGCAUAUCGGCUGCACCUGGGAGCCCGAGCUGUGGCAUAUGGAGAGAAAGGCCUGGUCUUCCAAGGCCCAUAUCCUACAAAAGUCGUGGUGGAUGGAGCCAGGGGCCUCAUUAACGUGACGUAUGGCCAGGAACUCCUGCUGCUUCUAAUGCACGACCGCAUCUUUGAGGUGUGCUGCUCUGACCGGCCCCAGCUCUCGGUGCAGGAGCCGUGCCAGUGGGUUCCAGCGCCCAUGGUGUCGGCAUCUUCCCACGCAGUGACGCUGUCCAGCCCUGGCUGCAGGGCCGCUGUCACCCGCCUGCGCUAUGCGUGGGCAGAGUGGCCGUGUGAGUACAGACAGUGUCCCCUUUACAACAAGCACCUGCUGCCAGCACCUCCGUUUGUUAUCGACUCUGCAUUAAGAACAGGCUGGGCCAACUGCUAGGAGGCGGGGUGAUGCAGAGAGAAUAUAGACUCGUAGCUAAGGCCCCAUCAAAUUCACGCUCCAUUUUGGUAAAUUUCAUUAUGAUGGGAUUUGUAAAACCUUCAAUGUAACCGUUUCAGAUAUUUAAAUCUGAAAUUUCAUGGGGGUUCUGACCCAAAAGGGGGAAGGUGGGGAGCAGUCACAAGGCUACGGUAGUGGGGACGCGAUAUUGCCACCCUUACUUCGGCGCUGCUGCUGGUGACGGCGCUGCCUUCAGACCUAGGAUCCCAGCCAGCAGCCAGGGAGAUUCCCUGGGGUGGGUCUGACCCGGACCUGGCAGCAGGCCAUGCAGGGGAAGAGGAAGUCCCUCCUGCCCCUCCACAGCACAGCCGGGACUAGCAGCUGGAGCCCAGCACAAGGUAGGAGUCCCCAGCCCUGCUCCUCCCCGGCUCAAUGCCCAGCACUUGGGGUUUAUAGGGGCCUUGGGCUGGCAGUGUGUGGAGGGGGGGAAUGACCACAGCGCCCUUAGCAGUUGCCCACAUUGCACACCCGUAAGGCCGGCCCUGCCUCUCUGCAAAAAGUAACAAACCCUCCCCCCAUACUAUGCCACCCUCACUUCUGCGCUGCUGCUGAUGGUGCUGGGUGGACAGAGAAUGGAGAGCAGCGGCUGGUGGCUGGGCACCCAGCUCGGAAGGCAGCGCAGAAGUAAGGGUUGCAAUCCUGUGGGUGUCCCCUUCCCCCCCCACCCCCACAAUAGCCAGAUUUCACCGGGGAGACCAGAUUUCUCAGUCUGUGACAUGUUUUUCACGGCUGUGAAUUUGGUAGGGCCCUACUCGUAGCCAAUGAACACUUCACUUGUCAUUUUAGGCUGAUUCCCAAAGCCGCCUGAGGACUUUGGAUACCCAUUAAAAUGAAUGGGAAUUGGACGUCAAGAUCCCCUGGGUGCUUUGGAAAUCACAUUGAUUCGAAACAGCUUCUUCUUUAUACCAUAAUGUCAUGGGUUCGGUUAGUCUAACCAGUGCCUUAACUGUAUUACAUAGGCUUUCCUGGACCAGGUCAGACCUGGGGUAAGUCCAGCCAAGUGUCCUGUUUAAUUAUAGCCAGUACCUGCCUCAUCAGAGGAACAGGCAGGGUGCCCCCUGGUGUCCUGAGGUGGAAUUACCUGCCCUCAGGAGAGGUGUCUACCUGGCUCCCAUCAUAGAAGAUUAAGGUCGGAAGAGACCUCAGGAGGUCAUCUAGUCCAAUCCCCUGCUCAAAGCAGGACCAACCCCAACUAAAUCAUCCCAGCCAGGGCUUUGUCAAGCCGGGCCUUAAAAACCUCUAAGAAUGGAGAUUCCACCACCUCCCAAGGUAACCCAUUCCAGUGCUUCACCAUCCUCCUAGUGAAAUAGUUUUUCCUAAUAUCCAACCUAGACCUCCCCUACUGCAACUUGAGACCAUUGCUCCUUGUUCUGUCAUCUGCCACCACUGAGAACAGUCUAGAUCCAUCCUCUUUGGAACCCCCCCCUUCAGGUAGUUGAAGGCUGCUAUCAAAUCCCCCCUCACUCUUCUCUUCUGCAGACUAAAUAACCCCAGUUCCAUCAGCCUCUCCUCAUAAGUCAUGUGCCCCAACCCUCUAAUCAUUUUUGUUGCCCUUCGCUGGACUGUCUCCAAUUUGUCCACAUCCUUUCUGUAGUGGGGGGGCCCAAAACUGGACGCAGUACUCCAGAUGUGGCCUCACCAGUGCCAAAUAGAGGAGAAUAAUCACUUCCCUCAAUCUGCUGGCAACGCUUCUACUAAUGCAGUCCAAUAUGCUGUUGGCCUUCUUGGCAACAAGGGCACACUGCUGACUCAUAUCCAGCUUCUCGUCCACUGUAAUCCCCAGGUCCUUUUCUGCAGAACUGCCACUUAGCCAGUCGGUCCCCAGCCUGUAGCUGUUCAUGGGAUUCUUCCAUCCUAUGUGCAGAACUCUGCACUUGUCCUUGUUGUACCUCAUCAGAUUUAUAUAUGUCCUAAUAAUUAUUUGACCCUCUAAUGUAACUAUAAAUGUUUUCCAUAUCCAUGUAAACAUUCAGUUCUCUAAAUAUUGAGUCCUGCUAAGCUCUUGGCCUCAGUGAUAUCUCGUGGCAGUGAGUUCCAUUGUUCAAUUAUGCUGUGGGGUAACAGUGCACUUUACCCUGUCACUGUGCCACAGGCUGUGCCUGGAAGUUGGUGUCCUGGCGCUCUCUGUGUAGAUUUAGGUAGCAUCUGUAGCCUGUGUGGAGGGCUGCAGUCUGUAAGGAACUCCAUCACGUUCUCCGGGACAGUAACUGGGCAAAGUCCGUUGGGCAUUGCCAGGUGGCUCUCUAACCUGCUGUGACAUUAUAUGAUUAAAAUAUGACCACGUAGAUCAUUGUUGCUACCACGGUUACAUAAUUGCAACAAAUCUUGUACAAAAUAUGUCACAUAAGGUGUCAAUGGAAACGUUAUGAUUCGUGGAAUAUGAUUAUCCUAUUUGUAUGUAUGUAUCGUUGUUGUGUCUGACGUUACGAAUAUUGACUAUGUACCUGUAUUUCGAAUGUGUUUGCUCCUGGGCAACACCCACAGGGUAUCAAGUAUCAGAGGGGUAGCCGUGUUAGUCUGGAUCUGUAAAAAGCAACAAAGAGUCCUGUGGCACCUUAUAGACUAACAGAUGUA